AUGCCUCCAAAUGUUACUAAAACCCCACAUAUACCCCAAGAAUCCACGCGAUUAGGUCUUUUAGAUGUGGUUCGAAUCGUGGGAGGCCUUCUCCUUGCCAACGCCUUCUUCUCCUGGUGGUUCACCUCCACACCUACCUGGGGCUAUGAGGGCCGUCUCACCGAUCCGCGUUACCUCCAGUUUCAGAUCUUUGGUAGCUACUUGAAUCUCACCAUGGAUGAGCUCUCCUAUUUCGAUGGUUCCGACCCUACCAAGCCCAUCUACGUCGGGAUCAACGGUAAGCUCUACGAUGUCACUGUAUCACGGUCAGUGUACGGACCUAGGGGUUCUUAUUCUGCUUUCGCAGGAAAGGAUGCGGCACGAGCCUUCAGCUCGGGCUGUUUCCGCAAAAAAGACGAGUUAACCUACGAUUUAAGAGGCUUGGACUUAGACGAAGCCCUAGAGGAUAUCCGGGGUUGGCAGGAUUUCUACGCCAAUCAUAGACGGUACUGGUUCGUAGGACAUGUUCAACACGAUCCGCUUGUGGGUGAUCCUCCGACGUUAUGUGAAACCAAGGUCAAGUAUCCGUUCAAGAAAGGUGGGUGA